AUGUCGAAUGUUACGGAGGUGUGGAACAGUGAAACAGUCAGGUUGCUGCCACACGAGUCUCACCUCUGCCCCAACGGCCUCCCGUCGGAGUGUACGUACACCCCAUUUUGGGACCGUUCAUUUCGUUCGGGUUCCUUGUUGGGUUGCGGCAGCACCAGCGGGUGCAGUAUAGUGUAUCGAGGCAGAAGCCCUGAGCCUAGUUCUCUGUUGACUUGUUACUUGGGGGGCUUCAAGCUGCACGAUAGGUCUCUCCCACUUGGCCGCAUUUCUAAGAAAACAUUCAAUCCCCUGCUCGAGGUGGAGGUGGUGAACGCGGUCGGAGUUUGCUAUUUUGACCAGCUGCUGUCGGAUCACCCUCUUUGUCUUUGCCUGCAGCCAAGUUGCUGCUGCUGCAGUGGAAAGCUUCCCACAGACCCCGACCCCUACAGCCUGCGCGGCGAUGGCAAAAAAGCAGCAGCUGCAGCAGCAGCAGCAAGAAGCAGGCGUGUUACAGUGCUUGAAGAAUAUGUUCCGUACGGCGCAUUACAAGAGGUAGCUAAGCAUGGAAGGCGUACCCCGGUCCUUGUGCUGCCGUGUGGUGCAGCACACAGCGCCCUCGAGUUGGUAGCAAUAUCCCAUAAAGUCGGCGACGUUGUUUAUACGCGAGGGCUCCCCCGCAAUAUCAGGAGCCAACAGUACAGAGGGGAACGCGGAUCGGACAAUGAGAGCCGCGAAAGAAGGAUAAGAAGAGUGAGGCACGGCAUUAGCAGCAGUAGCAGCAACAGCCGAAGCAGCAGCACCGGCAGCGAUCAGUCCUUGGAAGGGGAGUCUGGUAGUGACAGCUUUGGCCUUUCUGAAUGGGAGACGUCUAUGCAAGCAGCUGGAUGCUCGCUGGGUCUUGAAGGGCGUCGGCUUGCGGAGUUGCAUCCCAACGUAUUUCAGUGGACUCGUGGGGAAGGCCAGCGUCUGCGUCGUGACGGCACUGCUAGCUGCGAGAAGCAAAACAGCAGCAGCAGCUGUUGCUGUUGCUUUUGUUGCUGGUGUCCCAUGGGGGACGAAGCGGAUAAAAUAGGAUCAGCAAGAAACAUAUACGCACGCGGAGAUGCCCGUCACGCCCCCGACCUCGUCGACACCAUCAAGCCCAAAGAAUCCGUUGUAUCUGAGAGGGUAUUGGAGGUGCGCACAGACGACAAGCACCCUUUUAUUAAGCUUGUCUAUGCCAGGAAUUCUAGGGGUUUGUACGUAGCGAGGCUAAGGUACGACGAGGACGACUUCGAUCCUGCAGAAGCUACGGAAGCGCUCAAAGCAGCAACGCGCAGGCAGCAAGGGAUACAGGGGUCCCAAUCUGAGACGGAUAUACGUGGUUGGCUUCAGGAUGGAGGCUUAAGGCGGCAGCUGAAAGUGGAAGUGUUGCAUGACGCGCCUUAUGGCUACCGGGUGCCACGCCAGGAGGGAGGUCGGGCUCGACACAAAGACAGGGAAGCUGGCGUCCUACGUUUUGGGGUCCCCAAGCAAAUUCCAGCCCAUCCAACAGUAAUCAACAUCGCCGUGAGCCCUGCCGAUGUUGGUGAAGCUGCACUGCUCUACAGCUCGCAGUACGUGAGCCUCUGGAGAGCCGAGGAGGCGCGAAUGGAAGUGCCCGCGCCCGUUUCUCUCUCUGUGGUCACUCGAAACAUCAAGCGGGCGUCUCGGCCGUCUAUGCGAUACAGACACCGCGCUGUUCUUGCUGACCCAGCUGCGGAGGCCUUCCAAACCCUUUGCUAUUUACCCCACCAACGCCAAACUCUUCUUUUGGGGAGCGAAAAUCUCUGGGCUUUGGACCUCAGGGCAAAGGGGAUGACACGGCUUUUCCCCGCGUUGCAUGCACCGACGCACAGUAGCACUCUGCAGUGCAUUGCGGAGACGCUGUACGCACCAUGUACAGCCAAUUCGACCUACCACACGACAUUUACUGCUUUGGCUCCUCACCCAGUCCAUCCCUUCCUCCUUGCCGCAGUCCACGAUGCUACAGAGUCCAUUUAUCUCUUUGAUGUGAGGGCGAUGCAUGAGCCCCUCACAGUUGUUGGCCUCCCCACAGUCCGCAAGAUGGGUUCCAGAUAUCGCAGUUUAUUGUGGCACAGCAGCACUGACAAGUGGGCUCAAGCAGAACACCUGGAGUCCAUGAGGGCUACUCGUCUAUCUAGUGAUAAUGCCCGCAAGGCUGCCUUCACUUUUGGAGCAUGCGCUGCACAUCAUGACCCUUCCUACACUCACGACCUCCUUGCUGCGUUCUCUUGGAAAAGCGACGACGUGGUCUGCAGCGCGCUUCGAGUACACCCUGCUUUCUGCCCUCGCGACCCGAUGCAGCCUUUCGGCACUUCAAGCCGCGAGGAACUUCCCCAAAGCAUCCACUUCGGGGGGUCGGGGGUCUCAGCUACGAGGCAGGACCAUCCGCGCCUGCACAACAAACGGCCUUAUUUUGAAGCCUCGCCACUAGAGGCCGUAAAGCGGAGCUGUCUUCCAACAGUCAUAAACAGAGAGGCAGUGGAGGUUUCGUGGCAAGCAGAAGUUUCAAUGUUUCCCCGUGUCAGCUGGGGCCUUGAAAACCGGGAGCGUUGCAGCUCCAUCCCAUCUAAGACUCCUAUUGGUUCUCCUUGGACCCAACAGAGGCCGUUGCAGGUGACUGUAGAUGAACAUGCGGCCACCGCUACUUUCCAUGGGUAUGCAGGGGCGUGUCUUUUUGAGUUGCCAAUAACGGGGGAGACACGACAAGCACUCGCUCAUGAAGGCCAUCAACAACCAACGCGAACUGUCCGCUGCAGCGUAUGCGGGAGCCGCAACCCACUGGCGUUGGCAGCAGCCUGGAGCAUUAGUAGCAGAACUACAUUCUGCAGGAACUGCUUAGCCCCCAUCAGCCACGCUGUAAGUGUGUCCAAAGAAUCAACGGGCUCCCUCGUUGUCCUCUCUGCGCUAACCACCAGCGGCCGUCUCACGUGCAGGCCCUUAACACUAAAUGACCCAGUGCUAAGGCUGAAAUUGCAGAAUCGCUGCCGCCUGUACUCAAAAUUGGCAAGGCGGCAGCGGUUCAAGAGGAAGGAGGACCAGGAAGCGUUUAGUGCUUUCGGUGUUGAGCCAGGCAAGUCCCCGCAAGCUAGUGAGCCCUCAGAGGCUCUGGCUGCCCUCCUGUCCUUCCAUACUCGUCGAUUUUCCCGCGAAUAUCCCUGCAGUAUAGCAAGUGGUAAAGGCAGCAUAGCUACUUAUAAGCCGUCCGGUCAUCAGGCCGUACACGUUCUACUAAAACAUCUGCACGCUAAUUUGAACGAAAAGCGGGUCUUGCCCCAAAGGAUUUCGGUAUUGCUGCUACAAGCGCAGCUGCAGCAGACUUUGCAGCGGGAGCUACUAUUCCGUGCUGCGGUAAAGCUGCAGCGCAGUCAGCAGCUGCAUCUGCUGCGUCGAGUUUCUUUUGAGGACCACUUGGUGCCAUGCGAAGAGGUAGCUGGCGCGCUCUUGGGCGCUUUGAGGCUAGGCUUGGUGGCAAUGAAAUUCAGCGGACUCUGGCCGCGAAGGCUUGCUUCGUUUGCUUUCUGUGAUUCGGGAGCCUUCGGCAUACACAGGCCUGCAUUUAUCACGGAGGCCUACGACCCUGAGCCUGUCGUUCAGGUGCUUCUAGCUAGCCGAAAUCUUGAUGCGUACCUAAACGGAACUGCAGAAGGUCACCCCACAGAGUCAGGGAAAGCAAAGGACCUCCAGGAUGAUGAGCAACGAGCAAGUACAGAGGGAGAAGCGGAUCAAAACAGCUAUAUGUUGUCGUUAGCAGGCUCGGAGCAUUCCCAGUCCCUCCUUUCUUCGGACUUUAACGGCAAGGUUCCUUCCAGUGGCGGCUACUUACCAGAGAACGAAGAGCCCCAAAGAUUUGACAUCGCAUCAGCUGCCAGAGAGUUGCUGGAGACAGAGCCUGAGGAGCCGGGCUUUACAGCAGUAACGGAAAUUUCCGCGCUACCCUUCUCUACAUCCAGGAGCCGUGCGGUUUUCCGCUACGCUGUAGAGGCUGUGGAAGCCUUGAGCUAUGUGACGCCUGGAAGAAGUCUCUUGCAGUUAAGAGACGAAGGCACUGUUCUUCUGCAUGACGUACUGAUGGCGGUUCAGAUGUGGCGUGACGGAGUGCUGACAGAUGCUCAGGUUCUGAGCUUAUUGUGUCACUUCACAAUUAGCAGGCCUUGUACAACCGGUAUCUUAGACAUGCAAAGAACCACUUUGCCAUUGAGUGUCCCUGUGGCUCGCUCCCCUCAAGAAGCUCUAAAGACCGCUAUGGAAGUGGCACAAGGGUCGCAUCUACAAAGUGUAUUCAACUCCACAAGGCGUGCAAACGACGGUGUUCUUAAUAAGCCGACUGUAGGGCCGGAGGAAGCGUAUGCAUGUCCUUCUUUGGAAGCAAAUGAGUCACCCGGCGGAUUAUCUACGGGCGGGACAGGGGAGAUCAAGAAUGAAUUCUGGAAAGUAUCAAACCCUGCACUGGCUCCAGCUGUGCUGUGUUGUUGCAAAGUCCUGCUUCAGCAUCACUGUGAUGUGCAUGCAUGUACUGUGGGAGAUCAACCAGCGUGGCCAAUGCCUGGAGGGGACUAUAGGGGGGUUUUGUACCCGCAUACUGACGGUGUCCAAGCCUUAUUGGAGGUGCUUAAGUCACAGUUCAGAAAUUAUCGAGCAGAAAAUCGAUGUGGCGAUGCAGUUAGGCAUGCCUGCUUUAUCCCGCAGGCCAUCGUGGAUGAGCUGGCGGAGGCCCUGUUUCUGACGCACGAGGUGCUGUUGCUACCAGUAGGGGACUACAAAGCACUUGAACCGUGCCACCAGCCCACAAAGGUGUCCUGCUGUGGCUCAGAAGGCCCUACGAGUAGCUCUGCAAAUGAUUUAGCCUCAGUAGAAAAUCCAAGCCGUCGCUGUAGUGGCCACCAAAAUUUGCCGAGGAACGAAAGGAACUUCGAUGCUGGGGUUCCUCAGCUGUUCACUCAGAAAGUUGGAGGCUCAUCUGCAAUUGAUGUGACUUCACCGAAAUGCCCUUUGGCUUCCCCUUGGAUCCCUUCUUAUUGCAUUUCGCGCCAUCUGCACACCUUCUCGCGAACAGAUACAUUGACUGCAGAAGACGACCACUUGCAGCAGGAACUCCAACAGUACGCGUGGCGAGAUCUGCUGCAACAUCAGCAGAUGACACAAAUGGCCAAUGCUGCUCGCCCUGGCGAUUUCGCCGAGCAGCACUUUUCGCGGUACCCGAGCAGCCCAACCCUACGCCUGCCGCAGUCCAUGAGAUGCCGCCUCCCUGACCAUGUUCUUCAGGGCCUGGCCCACAGCAAAUGGGGACGACUGCUCUGUGGCAUCGCUGUUAAUGACGUACUAAUAGCGGACAUUCUCUCGCAUUGGGAUGUCUCUGCAGUUCAGAGGAUGCGCGGGACCGCAGAAACGCAGCGCCAGGUAGAAAGGCGCACUGAGCUAGAUCGUGAGGAUGGCAGACCUAGCCGCCGAAAAGGUGCACUAACGGCUGUGGAUGACUUGCCGAGAGACCCGGCAGGCAGAGUGUCUGAUGAGCUCUGCAGGCUACUGGGGUUGCUACCACAAACGCCUUUGCAGUAUUCCUUGUUCGUUAGCGUGCAGGAGCGGCAGCAGGAGCAGCGCCGCGUCCAGGCAGAGCGGCAACAGCUGCUCGAAAGCAUUGCUCAGGCGAUGCGCCGACGAGCGUAA